AUGGCGCCCAAAGCAAAAGGUUCUGCCAAAGCUGCAACCCACCGAGCGGAAAGGCGAUCGGUGAGCCCCAAUCCGACCAAGCCAUCGCCCAAACCCAGGGCUCGCGCUUCCUCCGAAGCACCUGGCAGGCCAACAGGUGAUGCCGAAGAACCCGGUCCCAAGGUUGUGGAGGCCGAGCUUGUGCCCGCCUGGCGGAACAAGACGGUCCAAGGCCUCUUCUGCGAUCCUUACAUCGAGAACACGAACUUGGAAGGCGGCCGCUCUUCCCAGGCGCUGAGCGAUGUUAUUGAGAUUGGGACCGAGCUGUUGCGAUCGGCGCCCAUCUCAAUGAGCAGCACUGAGAUCCAGGCUCUCAGUGCGGCUCUCAAGCAGCUGGGAGCCGCUGCCGAUCGCAGCAACGCCGGCCACGAUGCCUUCGAAGCCCAGGCCGGAAUGCGCUGGUGCCAAGAGAUGCAGAAACAGAUCCACGCUCUGCGCGCAGAUGAGACCUGGCUCGUGGAAGGGGGCUGGCGCGGAGAACACGGCAGCCACGCCAUCAUGUACAUGAUCCAGAGAAUAUCGGACAGUGAGUUUUCCUUCUCUGUGCUCAAUACCGGCGCGGGGAUCCACCAAUUUCAGGUCUGCGACCCCUCCAUGAUGGGGAUAGGAAAGGAGCGCCUAGAUCUGCCGUUUCUCUACGCCUUGCCGCUCGUCCUUAGCAAGAGUGGCUUUGCAGAAGAGAGCGGGGAUGCAUGGCCAAGCACCCCACAGCGUGCAGGCACCUGUUAUGCGAAGUGCAUCUUCUUGACGCUGCGCGUUCUGCUUGGACACUUCGGUCUCGGCAAAGAUGCUCAGAAAAAAUGGAUGCUUAACUUCCGCAUCGGUUACUUGGAGAAGAUGGUUUCGGACUUGCAGCAGUCCUGCCACAAGCUUACCAUCAGCGAUCGGAUCAUUCUGACCGUGGCCUUGAAGCAAGUCGCUCGCCGCUGCGCGCGCGAGGCCUAUGCUCUGGUGGUCAGGGGCCGUGUCCACGUGAGCUUACAGAAGAUCUGGUUGGCGGCGCCGCCCAUGCCCUGGCUUGGCUACUUCACUGCGAAGAUGGAAGCAAAAGAGCCAGCCCUGCAGCUCCCCAAGAGCUCCAAGAGCUCCGGCUCUGGGUUUCAAGGUUUCCAGCUCCUGGUGGCAAGUGCUUUGAUUCCUCCGGAAGUGCGGAACGCCUUUGCCGGCCCUUCUGCUACGAAGUCCACGAACCCGCACGUGGACCUCACGGGCAUCGCCUCGGCGAGUGCCUCCGGCCCAAGUCUCGACGCCGUGCUCCAGGCGGCCUUGAUGUGCGAUCGGCUGGAGGAGGUCCUGGGCUGCUCUCUUCGCUCGAAGCAGCUGAUCUUGGGCGUCGUGGAGUCUCUGGUCUUCUGGGAGGGACAGAGCCUGUGGCACAAGGAUCUGGGCGAGCUCAAGCUCGCACAGUGCCGAGAGGUAUUGGCUGCCAUCCAUCGUCUCGGAGCCCACUACUUGGCGGGGGCUCGCUCGGGCUUCUUGGGCCGCUGUGGGAGCUCCACGGGUUUGUUGGUCCUCGCGAGCCUCCUGGAGCUCUUCCAGCGGGUUUUGAUGGCCACGAAAGACGCCAAACUGGCCAAGGCGUGCGCGAAGGACUCGGCGCUUUGGUCCUUGCGGCCCUGGCAGAAGGAUGGCCGCCCACCCACUUUUGCAGAUCUGACCGCCUGGAUGCCCAUGACCAGCCCUGCCAUGUUGGAGGUUCGGAAUCGGCUUUGCCGUCGCCAGAGCGCCAGCGCGGGCUCUGAAAGCAUCCUCCAUGCGAUGGAGGAUCCCUCGCUCCUCCUCUUUGGGCCCCCGGAGCACCAGCGCAGCGAGCUCUCCUCUGCGGAGGCGGUCGGCUGCGGCAAGGCCUUUGCCGAGCUGGUGAGCAAGCUGGUGUCUGUUCUCGGCUUGAAGGGCAUGCCCACACUGCCGGCGGUGGAGCGGCCUUACCAGGACUGGGAGGUCCAAGUGGCCUGGGCCUUCGACCCGAACUUGGAAGCCGCUUGUCCGGAAUGGGCUCAGGCCCGGGACUUGAGCAUUUUCUUCCAGAUGCUCUUGUCCAGCGUCCCGGCCCUGUCCCAGUCACUUGAGGGUCAGGGCGUGGCACCCGCUGGGGAUGCGCCGCUCUCUGCGAGCAGCAUAGCAGAGUGUGGCUUCAGCCUCAGUCUCUUCAACCCGCCCAGCAAGCUCACGGUGAAGGUGCUGCACAUCUGCACCAUUGCUGCGCGACAUGCCAACUUCCUCUACACGCAGCCAUCCCUGGCCCACCCGAAGGUGCUUUGCCCCUCCCUGCCCUACCUUCGCUUCGGCGGUUCCCUGGAAAACGAGAUCGCUUCAACGCCACAUCUCCCCGACUUCGACUUCUCCCUGACGCAAGCACAAGCAGAGACCUUACUGAUGAUCCUGAACUGCCCUGGGCCCCUCGGCUUGCAAUUUCCCGCGAGCAAAUCUCCAGGAAAGAUGUUGCCUCCCAGGCUCCGCAUCCCGAUGCUUCUCCAGUUCGUGGUCCCGAAUCACGUGGCUCUCCUCCACCACCGCCAGUUCCAGAGAAUCUUCUUCGCCUGCCUGUUCGAGCCCGGCCUCUUCCCCAAGGAGCCUCGGGAAGAGAAAACGGCCUUUCCUCCGAAGGUCCAAAGCCUGCGAGAGGCCAAGGUGCCUUGUUUGGAGCCCAUGGCGGUCGAGUUCGGCUGGCUGAGCACUGAGAUGGCGACGAAACCGCAGCUGAUCCUGCCCUUCCUGCACCAACUUUUCGAUGCGGUGAAGGACUUGGGCAGCGGGAACUCGGAUGGCCCGUUGGUGCAGCCCUUCCUCUUUGUUCUGCGGGUGGCCGUGCUGGUCCAGGACUUCGUGGAGGUGGCGCGGCGGUCUGCCGCGGGAGAGGCCUUGGCGUGUCUGGAGGAGCACAGCAAGAUCUUCCGCCGCUUCACUCAGAAGUUGGCCAGGAAGAUCUUGGCGCGAUGGAUCCGCCAGGCCAACGUCUCCAAGAGCCUCGCCGAAUCCAGGACGGCCUGGUCUGCGUCCGAACCGGAGGCAGAUGACGUGCAAAGCCUGGCCGUAGCCUCCUGCACCUUCAGCCUCUGGAGCGAACAAAUUGAUGCCGUCGCAACGGCUUCCGGGGACGAAGCCGACACGGUGCAGGCGGUCUUCAGCACCCUUGCUAGGCAGAGGGUGUCGCUUCUGAGAGCUGUGGAAGUCAUCGAUGCCCAAGAGCGCGACAAGUGUUUCAGCUUCAUCUUGGGCGGAGCCAUGGGAGUGGACGCAAUGCCAGCCUUGACCUGGAGAUCAGCCGAGCACAUUCCGACAGUGUGCAAACGCGUGGUGGAGACCAGUCACCCCAUCAACAAGGAUGAUCUUGGAAAGAACGCAGUAAGAGUGGUCCGGCUGCCCAAAGCCUCGCGGAUCAUCGUGCGAUUCGACCCUUUGAGCCAGCUGGACACCGGUGACUUCUUGAAAAUCUACACCAAGGGCAGCAAGGGCGCCAAGGCCUCUCAAGACAACAGGGUGCGUUGUGGUGUAGCACACUUGUGUGCGCAGUAA